GUAAAACAGGGAUAAUUAUACUUCCAAUGGCUUAUGGGGAGGACAAAUUAAGGCAAUGUGUGUAAAAAUCUCUGGCACCUAUUAAAUACUCGCUAGGUCAUUGUAGUUGGUAAGAAUAUUAAGACACUUGCUAGCUGAUGGUGUAACUAACCCUUGUUGAAUUGGUACUUUGUUCAGUCUAUAUAAAUUUAACCAUUGCUCAGGUUAGGAAAAGCCAGAGUUUGGUUGAAGUUAUUGGGGAGUUUGGGAUCAAAGGGGACCCAAUCUUGUCUUAUGCUGUGCUCUCUCUACUCCAUAAACCCACAAUCGCCUGCCUUUGCAUGAGGAUCUGUCAAUAUUUAAUGUGUGGGUGUCAGUUGCUGUAAACUGAGCAUACCCCAGCACCAACUUGAAUUAAUUAUAUGCAAGAGGAGAGAAAAUAAAAUGACUUCUUCUCAGAGCCCCAAGUUUCAUUGGCUAUGCUGAAGCCAGGAAACCACAGGGUGAAAUUUCUACUGAUGGAGGACUCCGAGAAGAAGCUGAACCAGAAGAGUGACGGCAAACCACGGAAAGUACGAUUUAAAAUCUCCUCCUCCUACAGUGGCAGAGUGUUGAAGCAGGUCUUUGAGGAUGGGCAGGAAUUAGAGUCGCCAAAGGAGGAAUACCCUCACAGUUUUCUCCAAGAGUCCCUUGAACCAAUGGAUGGCGUUUACGGGUCUGGGGAGGCCCCCAAGCCCCGACCACACUCCCCUAAGCUGACUGCUCAGAGGAUCAGCGUUUUUAGAGAGGGCAAUGCCUACACUUUGGCGGGCGGCCAGUCUUUCUUCAAUGAUUACAAGGCGAAUGACCAUAAGUCCCCACCUAUUAUAGAUUUUGGAAAGAUAAUCAUCUACACGAACAACCUGAAAAUCAUCCGAACCCCAAUGGACAAGAGAGACUUCAUGCGGAAAAUGCUCCAGAAGGAAGAGGAGGCCGAGGAGGAGUCUCUGGUGAGCAAAGAAGAAAUCUGUGGAGACAGCGGCCUGAAUGAUGGGCAUUUGCCAGACACGGAAAGCACAUUCCCCCAUAACCAGUACCCACAGGAAGGGGAGCUUCCCGAGGACAACUGUUUUCACUGCCGAGGGUCGGGCAGUGCCACCUGCUCUCUGUGCCACGGCAGCAAGUUCUCCAUGCUGGCCAACAGAUUUAAGGAGUCCUAUCGGGCCCUGCGGUGCCCUGCCUGCAAUGAGAACGGCCUGCAGCCUUGCCAGAUUUGCAAUCAAUAGCCUGUGGCUUUGUAUGUCCGCUGUUAUCGCAUCCUUCCUGAAGUUACUGCUUAUAAACCCCCUCCUUCUCUUCCCUCUCCCAGCAAGGAAGCCACAGUGGCUACCACCACUUCCACCACUGGCAAAACUCAAUUACUUGAUGACAUUUCGUGAGGCUGGUAACAUCUCCAUGUGGUUCUAAGUGGCAGAGGCAUUUUCGAAUUAGAGUCGGCUUUGAAACGGGUUCUAAAAUUAUCCUUCCAGGAACGUGUGCGUGUAUCUUACUUGGCUUAGCUCGGUUUUUUCCUUACACUAGUGAGCAAAUAAAUGCACAUUACAGGCA